AUGAAGAGCCCAGGCUGCAUCAAAGAUGUCCAGAGGCUAACAGGGCGGCUCACCACACUGUCUCGCUUCCUCGGAGCAUCGACAGCAAAAGCUCUACCCUUUUUCAAUCUGAUAGGAAAAGGAAUAGCGUUCGAAUGGACCCCUGCAUGCGAGGAUGCGUUCAAACACUUCAAGGAGAUCCUGGCAGCACCCCCCGUGCUCGGAAAGCCCAAGGUCAGAGAGCCACUUUACCUGUACCUGGCCAUAACGGAGGGGGCGCUCGCGGCAGUCUUGGUGCGGGAAGAAGGAAAGGCUCAACAGCCAAUCUACUUUGUGAGUAGGGCGCUACAAAGAGCAGAAGCAAGGUACAGUAAACUGGAAAGACUAGCACUAGCACUUUUGACCUCUUCUCGCAGACUAAAGCAAUACUUCCAGGGUCACCGGAUAGUCGUAAGAACGGACCAAGGAAUCCGCCAGGUACUCCAAAAACCCGAUUUAGUAGGAAGAAUGAUGACUUGGGCUAUUGAACUCUCACAGUACGACCUAAAAUAUGAGCCUCGGCACGCAAUCAAGGCACAAACGAUGGCCGACUUCUUGGUAGAGGUAACAGGGGACCCCACUGAGGAAACGGGCACAUGGUGGAGACUCCAUGUAGACGGAGCCUCAAACCAAAAAUCCGGGGGAGCCGGGGUCAUCUUGGAAAGUCCUACCGGGGUCGUAUACGAGCAGUCGAUCAAAUUUGAGUUCCCAGUAUCAAACAACCAAGCGGAGUACGAAGCCCUCUUAGGGGGCCUGACCCUAGCCCGUGAAGUCGGGGCAACGAGGCUCGAGGUUUGCAGCGACUCACAGGUCGUCACCUCGCAAGUGAAUGGGAACUACCAAGCCAGAGAUUCGUUGUUGCAAAAGUACUUGGAGAAAGUCAGAGAAUUGAGUGAUCACUUCGAGGAAGUCACGGUCAAACACGUCCCGAGGGAAAGAAACACACGGGCAGACCUCCUAUCCAAGUUGGCAAGGACAAAACCAGGAGUAGGCAACCGAUCUCUCAUCCAAGGCAUGCUAAAGGAACCGGCAGUUACCCUACACCUGGCAAAGGCAAACCCCUCCUGGUUGGACCCAAUCGUCGAUUUCCUCGAAAGCGGCAGACUCCCUGACAACGAGAAAGCGGCCAAAGCAUUGAGAAAGGAGGCAGCCAAGUACACAACCAUACAGGGACAACUGUUCAAAAAAGCAAUCAGCCAGCUCCUAUUGAAGUGCCUACAUCCCGAGCAAACGGAUUACAUGCUCAGGGAGGUCCAUGAAGGAUCUGCGGCCACCAUAUCGGGGACAAAGCCCUAG